GACGGUUUGUUUUUGUGUCAUUUCCCGCUUAAUCUGCAAUAGUUUGACCACCUGGGAGACCGAAGAACUUAAAAACUUUAAUUUUUGCUGCAACUACGCCUUAAUUCAACUUCGAACUGCAUCAAACGGCAACCGGAAACUCUGAAGACGAAGUCUCAUUGAUCUCGCCAUGGCGAAAAUUCACCUGAGCAACGUUGUUGUUUUGGGCAACCCUUCACCUUUUCUGCAUCCCUUCCAAUUUGAAGUCACUUUUGAAUGCAAUGAGGAGCUCAAAGAAGAUCUUGAGUGGAAAGUCAUUUACGUUGGCUCUGCGGAGAGUGAAGAGCACGAUCAAACCCUAGACACAAUCUACGUUGGGCCCAUUCCAGAAGGUCGACACAUGUUUGUAUUUCAGGCUGCUUGUCCAGACGUGACUCGUAUUCCUGAGGCGGAUGCCCUCGGGGUCACAGUUGUCCUUCUCACCUGUAGUUACCGCAACCAGGAAUUUGUCAGGGUUGGCUACUUCAUCAAUAACGAAUACACAGACCCUGAGCUGAGAGAAAACCCACCUACUACUCCACAGUAUGAUAAGAUUGCUCGAAACAUUCUGGCGACUGCUCCUCGGGUGACUCGUUUCAAAAUCGACUGGGACAACUUGGCCAGCGUAGAUCAAAGUGGAGAGGGCCAAACCAAGAUCGAUGGCGGCGUUCCUGAGUUGCUGAGUGACAACAACGGCAUGGCCGACGGUCCAGUCACCUCGUUGUGCCAAAUGAACGGCGUGGGCGGUGGUACUGACAUGAUUUGUGAUUCGACGGAUACAGUGCAGAACGACAACUCGCAGAGCAAUCUCAACGCCAUGGACCUCAUGUGAAUUCUGUCGUUGUACAAACUUACCAGACUGGAUAAUUUUUAUAAUACCAUCUUCGUGAACUGAUUGCGCCUGAGUUAAAUUAUUAUUUUUCUAGUGCAUUACCAAGCAACUUUGGAGGGAAAUCAAUUACUCGGUUGAAUGAAAUCUUUUUUGCUAUCAUUUUGAAUCAAAACAGGGCGGAGCAGCUGCAAUCUUUGUGCAAAAAACUCAAUAAAGUUUUGAUUCUGAUUCAAAUUGAAUACAGAAAAAAACACAUUAAUUUUCAUUUUC